GCAAUUGAUUAAAAGUUAACUGACGCGUUGGUAUAUAAACUGAUGAAUUAAUAAAUCUGUUCUAUUCAGUUUCAAACUUCAAAGUGAUCAUGAAGAUAUUUUUUUUGCUCAGUGGACUUUUAGCCCUCACUCAGGGAGGUUUGAUUCCAUCACCACUUGGAUCAACCAAAAUCAUCAACGGUGUUGAUAGUAAACCAGGUGAAAUUCCAUACCAAGUAUCACUUCAAAUGAUUGGCAAUUCUUUUCAUUUUUGUGGUGGAUCCGUGUUAAACCAAAAAUAUGUAAUCACCGCUGCUCAUUGUGUCGUAGGUCAAAACGCAUUAAGUAUCAAAGUCGUUGCUGGAACAACUGAUUUAAGUAAUCCAAUAUCAACACAUUAUGUCAAGAAAAUAAUUAUUCAUAAAAAAUACAAUCCAAAUGAUUCAUGGCGUAAUGAUAUUGCCCUAUUAUUGGUUCAAGAUAAAUUUUUGCUAACAUCAAUCUUGGCAUUUGUCCCAUUGACCAAGCCAAAAGAAAUAAUACCAGCAAAUUCUGUUGCUGUUGUUUCAGGAUGGGGGUCUACUGUGGAAGGUGGACAAAGUCCAAUGAAGCUAAAAAAAGCUGAGAUUUUAAUAGCAGAUCAAGCUUAUUGUCAAGACCGAUACAAAUCUCUUGGUGAAAAUAUAUACUCAUCAAGUCAUAUUUGUGCACAUGAUCCUGUACAAAUGACUGGUUCAUGUCACGGUGAUUCAGGUGGUCCUUUGACAGUAAAUGGUAAACUCGUUGGACUUGUAUCAUGGGCUCUUGGUUGUGCCAACACAGAAUAUCCAACAGUCUACACUCGAGUACCUGAAUUUCACGAUUGGAUCAAAUCAAAUGCUAUUUAAAAAUUAAUUCACGUAUUAUCAUUGUCAAAAGAUACUUUAAAUGUUAUUUUAUAAACCAACUGGUACGUUGAUGUAUCAAAAAAAUU